CGAAAGAUGGCGGACGCUUUUGGGGAUGAGCUCUUCAGCGUGUUUGAGGACGACUCGACCACUGCGCCCGGAGCCAAAAAAGACAAGGAGAAGGGGAAAUGGAAGGGGCCGCCAGGGUCUGCGGAAAAGGCCGGAAAACAUUUUGAUGGUAAAUUACAAUCUGAGUCAACUAAUAUUGGAAAAAACAAGAGAGAUGCAGACUUCGAGGGCACAGAUGAACCCAUUUUUGGAAAGAAGCCCAGGGUAGAAGAGUCAAUAACUGAAGACUUAAGUUUGUCAGACUUGAUGCCCAGGGUCAAGGUACAAUCAGUUGAAACUGUUGAAGGGUGUACACAUGAGGUUGCACUUCCUGCAGAUGAAGAUUAUCUACCACUUAAACCUCGCGUUGGAAAAGCUGCAAAGGAAUACCCGUUCAUUCUUGAUGCUUUUCAAAGAGAAGCCAUUCAGUGUGUUGAUAAUAAUCAGUCUGUUCUAGUAUCUGCACAUACAUCAGCAGGAAAAACUGUAUGCGCUGAAUAUGCCAUUGCAUUGGCCUUAAGGGAAAAACAGCGUGUAAUAUUUACUAGCCCAAUUAAGGCCCUGAGUAACCAGAAAUACCGUGAAAUGUAUGAAGAAUUUCAAGAUGUUGGUCUGAUGACUGGAGAUGUUACUAUUAAUCCUACAGCAUCUUGUCUUGUUAUGACCACAGAGAUUUUGAGAAGUAUGCUGUACAGAGGUUCUGAAGUUAUGCGAGAAGUUGCUUGGGUCAUAUUUGAUGAAAUUCAUUACAUGAGAGAUUCAGAGCGUGGUGUUGUGUGGGAAGAAACUAUUAUUUUGCUUCCUGAUAAUGUUCACUAUGUCUUUCUUUCGGCUACUAUUCCAAAUGCCCGGCAGUUUGCUGAAUGGAUUUGCCACUUACACAAACAGCCUUGUCAUGUAAUUUACACAGAUUAUCGGCCUACUCCAUUACAGCACUACAUUUUUCCAGCAGGGGGAGAUGGUCUGCACCUUGUGGUUGAUGAAAAUGGUGACUUCAGAGAAGAUAAUUUUAAUACUGCGAUGCAGGUACUUCGAGAUGCUGGUGAUUUGGCAAAAGGAGAUCAGAAGGGGAGAAAAGGAGGAACAAAAGGACCAUCAAAUGUGUUCAAGAUUGUGAAGAUGAUUAUGGAAAGAAACUUUCAACCUGUAAUUAUUUUCAGUUUUAGUAAGAAAGAUUGUGAAGCCUACGCACUUCAAAUGACCAAAUUAGAUUUCAACACAGAUGAAGAAAAGAAGAUGGUUGAAGAAGUAUUCAGUAACGCAAUUGACUGCUUGUCAGAUGAAGAUAAAAAGCUCCCUCAGGUUGAACAUGUACUUCCUCUCUUGAAGAGGGGCAUUGGUAUUCACCAUGGUGGUUUACUUCCUAUUUUGAAAGAAACUAUAGAAAUUCUCUUUUCUGAAGGAUUGAUAAAGGCCUUAUUUGCCACUGAGACUUUUGCUAUGGGGAUUAACAUGCCAGCUAGAACUGUUUUAUUUACAAACGCCCGAAAAUUUGAUGGGAAGGAUUUCCGAUGGAUUUCCUCUGGUGAAUACAUUCAGAUGUCUGGUCGUGCUGGAAGGAGGGGAAUGGAUGACAGAGGAAUUGUAAUUCUUAUGGUAGAUGAAAAGAUGAGCCCAACAAUUGGAAAACAACUACUUAAGGGCUCAGCUGAUCCACUAAAUAGUGCUUUCCAUUUGACCUACAACAUGGUCUUGAACUUACUACGAGUAGAAGAAAUAAAUCCUGAGUACAUGUUGGAAAAAUCCUUCUACCAGUUUCAGCAUUAUAGAGCAAUUCCAGGAGUAGUAGAGAAGGUAAAGAACUCAGAAGAACAGUAUAAUAAAAUAGUAAUACCAAAUGAAGAAAGUGUAGUCAUCUAUUAUAAGAUUAGGCAGCAGCUUGCCAAAUUGGGUAAAGAAAUUGAAGAAUAUAUUCACAAACCAAAAUAUUGCUUACCAUUUCUACAACCAGGUCGUUUGGUAAAGGUAAAGAAUGAAGGAGACGAUUUUGGCUGGGGUGUAGUGGUGAAUUUCUCAAAAAAAUCAAAUGUUAAGAGUGUACCAUUGGGGGUGGCUGCGGAGGCUGAUAGCUUGAUGGCAGGCAGCCUGUUUAUCUUGAUCCUGAGUUCCCCUCAGGAUGCACCAUCAGGGGUGGCUUCAGUGGCUGAUGGCUGCAGCAUUCUUUGGCAGCCUAAUUCUGGUGAACUGGAUCCUUUAUAUGUAGUGGAAGUACUUCUGCGCUGUAGCAAAGAGAGCUUGAAAAAUUCAGCUACUGAGGCUGCAAAACCAGCUAAAUCUGAUGAGAAAGGAGAGAUGCAGGUUGUUCCAGUGUUGGUGCAUCUCCUGUCCGCUAUCAGCAGUGUUAGGCUUUACAUUCCUAAAGACCUUCGACCACUGGACAAUAGACAGAGUGUUUUAAAAUCAAUACAGGAAGUUCAGAAACGUUUUCCUGAUGGUGUUCCCUUAUUAGAUCCUAUUGAUGACAUGGGCAUUCAAGAUCAAGGACUGAAAAAAGUCAUCCAGAAAGUAGAGGCUUUUGAGCAUCGAAUGUAUUCUCAUCCACUUCACAAUGAUCCAAAUCUGGAAACUGUGUAUACACUUUGUGAAAAAAAAGCACAGAUUGCAAUAGACAUUAAAUCCGCAAAGCGAGAACUAAAGAAAGCAAGAACUGUCCUACAAAUGGAUGAGCUCAAAUGUCGCAAACGUGUUUUAAGGAGGUUGGGAUUUGCUACGUCUUCUGAUGUCAUAGAGAUGAAAGGACGAGUGGCUUGUGAAAUAAGCAGUGCUGAUGAGCUCCUUCUAACUGAGAUGAUGUUUAAUGGCCUUUUCAAUGACCUAUCAGCAGAACAGGCAACGGCACUACUAAGCUGCUUUGUGUUUCAAGAGAAUUCUAGUGAGAUGCCCAAAUUAACAGAGCAAUUAGCAGGACCACUUCGUCAAAUGCAGGAAUGUGCUAAAAGAAUUGCAAAAGUUUCAGCAGAAGCCAAAUUGGAAAUUGAUGAGGAGACUUACCUAAGCUCAUUUAAACCUCACUUAAUGGAUGUAGUAUAUACCUGGGCAACUGGAGCUACAUUUGCCCAUAUCUGCAAAAUGACAGAUGUCUUUGAAGGCAGCAUAAUUCGUUGUAUGAGGCGCCUGGAAGAACUACUUCGACAAAUGUGUCAAGCAGCAAAAGCCAUUGGAAACACUGAGCUGGAAAAUAAAUUUUCAGAAGGAAUCACCAAAAUCAAGAGAGAUAUUGUGUUUGCUGCCAGCCUCUACCUAUAAAGAGUCAGCUAAAGGAAUGUGGGAUUUUAAAUUGUUCACCACCUGUCUGAUGUAUUAUAUUUAAAUCAAGCAUCAUUCUAAGAAAGCAUAUUACAUACACAGUUGUACAUAAGCAUUACAUUUUUUUAAUAAAAAAAUGUACAGGUGGGGCAUUUGUUU